AUGGCAAAUGCUGGUACCCAGAGCAUCAUCAAACACAUGAUAAAAGAACAUAGAGUCUCAAUUUUGGCAAUCAUUGAGCCAAUGAUAAAACCGAAACCUGAAUAUUUCAGCAGGAGGUUUGGGUUGCAAUAUAAGGGGUGUAAUGAAAAUGAACAAAUCUGGAUUUUUGUAGAAAAUGGAGUAGAGGUGGAUGAAUGGGAUAUCUCGGAGCAAGUGUUACAUGGUCGUUUUUCCACUUUGGAGCACCCAACACCAUUCCAUCUGUCAAUAGUGUAUGGGAAAUGUUCUAGAGCUGGGAGACUACCACUCUGGGAUAAAUUAAGGGAGAUUGCUGCUAGAAUGGAAGGAGUACCUUGGUUAGUUGGGGGAGAUUUCAAUACUUUUGUCUCGGAGGAGGAAAGGCAAGGAUCAAACUUAAACAGAAUAGGGGAAAUGAUGGACUUUGCUGAUGUAAUUAACGAAUGUCAGCUUCUUGACCUUGGAGCUGAUGGUUCAAAAUUUACAUGGUCAAUAGGUGAGACAUUUGAAAGAUUGGAUAGGGCUUUAAUAGGUGAAGGAUAG